ACACACAGACACACACCCCGAACACAGGAACAAGUGAAGAACAUUUACUAUACUCUCCAUCAAACAGGUGAUUAAUUAUUGGCUGUUUUACUCUUACACCUGCAGCAUUCAACAAGCAGGUACUGGAUGCCAGAUUUUUUUUUAUCUCGCUUGAGAAGAAGGUGAUACCCAGCAAUUGAGGAGGACACAGAACUGAGUGCAGUGACCAGGAGCAAUAGGGGGGGAACAUCAUGUCGAUGGAACUUCUUCAUGGAAGUCCUGAACCUCCGUCGGAUGAUAUCUACGACAACUGGUACAUUGAUGAUCCACAAGAACCUGAAGUCUCACCUGAUGAAAUUAUUCCAGAUUGUGAUCUCACUUUGCCAGAUGGAAUGUAUCAUCUCGUCCUGGCUCCUGUAUCUCUCUGCGCUAUUCUGUUGCUCUCGUUUUUGGUUCAACGCAAAAGACUCUGCAAAUCCUGUUGUUGGGGGCUACCAGGUCUUCUAAGCCCCUUGAACCUCCUGGAGGAUUCUGGGAACAGGUGGAUUCCAUGUGCCGUUUUUGGUUUGCUCUUUUCAUCCCUGUGCCGCUUGUUGUUGGACAGCACAACCCUUGACUUCCUGCCAGAGAUUUGUAAUGCACACCAAGCUCUGUGGAAAAUCCUGGCCCUUUUCUAUUACCCUGCCCUGUAUUAUCCCCUGUUGGCAUGUAACAGUUUGGAACGGGUAGUUGGGUAUCUAGUGGGGACCAUCCUAUCGUGGCUACACUGUGGGGCCCUGAUCUGGCAGAAAAUAGAUUGUCCACAGACACCAAAGUUCUACAGAUACUACGCCCUGCUCGCCACCUUGCCGCAGAUUGUCUGUCUGCUUGUGCUCAGUGCUGUGUAUCCUGCUUUACUCCUGUACAAAUUGAGAAAACCACGCCGCAGUGAUCAGAAAACGCACAGAAACUAUUACCUGAAAUAUCUCAGCAGACUUUUGAAUAGGAAACCGUCUAAUGGCAGUAAGAACCUCGGCACUCCUGGGUCUCAGGUGUUUCGCACUAUCUUCUCCUAUCUGUAUCCUCCAAACACAGAUGUUUGCUUGUCGUUAAAACCAGUCCUUGCAGUAACCGCGUCGAUGUUGUCUGGAUAUCAGGUGGCGCUGCUCUUGUUGGUGGUAUUUCUUCCCACUGUGCAGAAGAUCCGCAAGAGCAUUAAUGAAGAAUUUAUCCUCGUGCUGGCCGGCUUUGGUUUGAAUGUUGAUGAGAAUAAAGCAGCGGCAGUGGAGUUCAUUGUGUAUUACAUAUGGGUUGUGGAAGUGUGUUACAUUGCGGCAAUGGUUCUGUCCUGCAUUGUCACUGUCACAAUGCUACUGAGAUCCCUGGUCAAACACAGGUGGGCCCUGCAGUCUCUCUGUGCCGGGCAGUCAUCCUUGGUGUUCCUGGACUCGCGUUCCCCAAGUCCUUCUCCUUCAGUGCUUUCUAGUUGGAUGGGUCAUAUCAGCUACCAGGCUGCAUUCACCUGUAUAGGUCUCAUCAUUCAGAUUGUCGUGUUAUUCGUUGCUCAUGUCUGCGUUACAUUUCUGAUUGUUAUUCCCAUUGUUUAUGGCAAGUUUCAGAUUAUCCUCCAUUUCCUGAAAAUGAGUUGGCCUUAUUGGCUACUUCUGUUCCUGGUGACUGUAUUGCAAUAUGUUUGCUCAAGAUUUCUAUUCUUAGAAGGACAUCCGUCUCAGACUACCAAUAGGAAAAGCCUCUUCCUGCUCACUUACCUCUUGCUCCCAGUGAACGUCCUUCGAGGGGGUUUGGUGUCAAUUGCCAGACUCCUGGUCUCCGCUAUCUUUAAUUUAAUCCAUUUUUGUCGGAUGGACCUGAGUCUGUUACAGCACAGUGUGCAGGGCUGGGAUCCAGGCUAUAGGAACUAUUGUAACUUCUUGAUGCUGGAGGUCAGCGAAUGUCACCCACUGGUCAGAGCUUUCUGUCUGCUCCUGAAACCUCAGCAAGGGAAGCAUCCCGACCUGGAGGAGGGAAUUCACCUGAUGCCUCCCGAUGGCCGAUCUCAUAAGGGUGGACGAUCACAACUAGCUCGGGCUCGCUGGAAUCUUGCUUACACCCUUAUCCAUAACCCCUCUCUCCAGUCUCAGAGAAUCCCUACAUGUUCCAAUGGAACACCUCGUUUGCAACCCACGUAGCAUCUGAUACACCAGAUACCUUCCAGUGACAUAGUCUACCUCUCCCCUCCUACACACACCCAAAACACGCUGCUGAGCAGGAUGGGGUACUGUGGGAGCUGGCUAUUCCCUUUAUUUUUG